CGCCCGAGCCCCACCAACAUGGCGCCGGCCGCCGCGGCGUCCUGAGGAAACACAGGCCGCGCCUCGUCCGCCGCCGCGGCAUGGGCCCGGGGGGCCGCCAACGCCGCCACUAGCGCCCGCGGGGCAUGGCCGCGCCGCGCUAGUCGCCGCCCAGGGCACGGCCGGGAGCGCCGCGGGCCCGCCACAGCCGCUUUGUCUGCCGCCGCCGCCGCCGCCAUGGCCCACUCGCCCGUCGCCGUGCAGGUGCCCGGCAUGCAGAACCACAGAGCAGACCCAGAAGAACUGUUCACAAAACUAGAGCGCAUUGGGAAAGGCUCAUUUGGUGAAGUCUUUAAAGGAAUUGAUAAUCGGACACAGCAGGUGGUUGCUAUAAAAAUCAUAGACCUUGAGGAAGCAGAAGAUGAAAUAGAGGACAUACAGCAAGAGAUAACUGUUUUAAGUCAGUGUGAUAGUCCUUAUGUAACAAAAUACUAUGGAUCAUAUUUAAAGGGCACAAAAUUAUGGAUAAUAAUGGAAUACUUGGGUGGAGGAUCAGCUUUGGAUCUUCUGCGAGCUGGUCCAUUUGAUGAAUUCCAGAUUGCUACUAUGCUAAAGGAAAUAUUGAAAGGUCUUGACUACUUGCACUCGGAGAAAAAAAUUCACAGGGAUAUAAAAGCUGCCAACGUCUUGUUAUCAGAACAAGGAGAUGUUAAACUAGCUGAUUUUGGAGUUGCGGGGCAGCUAACAGAUACGCAAAUUAAGAGGAAUACCUUUGUUGGCACACCAUUUUGGAUGGCUCCUGAAGUCAUUCAGCAGUCAGCAUAUGAUUCAAAAGCUGACAUUUGGUCGUUGGGCAUCACUGCUAUUGAACUAGCCAAAGGAGAGCCCCCCAACUCUGAUAUGCAUCCGAUGAGAGUUCUGUUUCUCAUUCCCAAAAACAAUCCCCCGACUCUAUUAGGAGAAUUCAGCAAGCCUUUCAAAGAAUUUAUCGAUGCGUGUCUGAAUAAGGACCCAACAUUUCGCCCUACAGCAAAAGAACUCCUGAAGCACAAAUUCAUUCUGAAAAAUGCCAAGAAGACUUCAUACCUGACAGAACUGAUUGAUAGAUUUAAGAGGUGGAAGGCUGAAGGGCACAGUAGUGAUGACACAGAUUCUGAUGGUUCUGAUUCGGAGUCGAGCAACAAAGAAAAUCAUUCCCAUCCUGAGUGGAGUUUUACUACAGUUCGAAAGAAGCCAGAUGCAAAGAAACUGCAGAAUGGGACGGAUCAAGAACUUGUGAAAACCCUGAGUUGUUUAUCGUUGAUAAUCACCCCUGUGUUUGCUGAGCUUAAACAGCAGGACACAAAUAAUGCUAGCCGAAGGAAAGCAAUUGAAGAACUUGAGAAAAGCAUCAAUAUGGCAGAGGCUGCAUGUCCAGGGAUCACAGAUAAGAUGGUGAAGAAACUUAUGGAGAAAUUUCAGAAGUUGUCUGUUAAUGACUCCUCCUAAGAAGCUUCCCCUAAAAUGACUGCUGUUUCAUAUGGACCCAGUGAAACCCACCAAAACUACUUCAAGCUUGGCAGUGCUUAGCUCUUGACUCCUUGUGCCUUUUGGAUCUUUGCAACAUAUUGAUGAUGAUCAAGGAUAUGGAAGAACCUACUCAACUAUUUUGUGAUGGUGUACAUGGUUUUAUAUUUUCAGGAAAUUAUUUUGUAAAGAACAACUUUUAAUAUUGUAGUUUCACCUGUUUAAUCUGAUAAAUGUUGAGGUGCAGUUUUGCUGUUAGAUAUAACCAUUACUUUAGUUGAUAGGAAGUGCAAGUACAGUAUGGUUUUUAUGCUAUUUUUGUUACUGUACACAGAUGGGAACGUACAGGUCUUUUGUAUUCAUAUGUUAAACUUUUGUAAAUCACUAACAAGCUUCAGAAAUAGUUUUUUCACAAGCGUAUUCAAAACAUAACGUAGCGGCUAGGCUGUUGCUGUAGCUCCUGCUUCAACCACCAUAGUUUUAUCAUGCCCUGAAAAUGAAGCCUGCGACAGUAUCUUCUAUUCUUCUGAAUUGGUACAGUAUUUUAGGCAGCUCUAUGAUUAUACACAUUUGAGAGCAAUAUGUCAAUAGUUUGCAGGUGAUAUGUAGCAACAGGUGUAUCCUGAUGUACAGUAUAUGUAUUACCUUUUAGAACAGGUUUUGAAGUAGUAAUUAAAUCUUAUUCAUCAUGGUAGGAAAUUUUAAAGCAAUACAGUUGAGGGGGUGGGGGCUUUUGGCAAUAAUGGACAAAAACUGAAGUCCAAAUUACUUUCAAGUUCUUUUCUUUGAGUACAACGCAUCGCAUGGCUGGGUGGGAGAGAGCCGGAGGGGAGCUGAGCAUCACGUGAUAAAUACCUCACAAGCAGGUAUAAGUAUAACACCAGCGUUUUGUGUGGUGGUGUUGUUUUCCUGUAAAAUAUUUAUACACUUUGGUUCUUAAAGUACAUUAAAGACAGUACGUUGGCAUAAUUUGUUUAUAAUUUGUUUUCUGAAAGUGUAUUUUAAAUAUGUAUUUACAAGUUAAUAUGCAAAUAACUGAGUUAUAGAUAUUCUUUCACAAAGGUAGUACUGUCCAGUACGGAGUGAUUUUUUUUUUUUUUUUUUUUUUCUUCAUAAAUAGUAGGUAAGACUAAAAUUGCUUUCAACUCUAUUGAUAUUUAUGGUACUGCUAGAUGGGGUAAUAGCCUUCUCUUUUUUCUUUCCUUUUCGACCCAGUAUGUAUAUUAUGCUGAAGUUUUGAACUGGGAUUGUUUUUCAGUACUUAGCUGUGGAACUGUGGGGUGUAAAUUUAUUUUUGAUAAAGGCUGGAUGUGUUUAUUUUGUUUUUGCACAAAAGUCAUUUUAAAGAAUCUGAAAUGUAUCUGCCAAAUAUUGAAAAAGUAAUGGUGUGCAAGCAAAUACUGCAUUUUCGAGUCAAAAGUUGCCAUUACAUCCUUUUGUAUAAAAGGACACUUGUAAGAGAUGGUGGUUAGAUAUGCCAAGGACAAUUAUUUUCAAUGGUGCCUACACUGUAAAAAUUACUUUUAACUCCUUGUUUUAAUUUUAAAGAAAUGUUUCUGUUGAAAACGUUCAUCUGCUCUAUAACUGAAACUCGAUUAGAAUUUAUAUCUGAGAAAAAGUCUGGAAAUAGUUUUUGAAAACAAUAAUGUUAUGGAUUAAAUAAAUAUUUUUAUAAAUGUAAAAGCAGCAAAAGGUGUAAAUACAGUUGAUCUGAAGCUUUACAAAAUAACUGCAUCACAGAAACAAAUUGUAGUGCUCCUAUAGCUUAUGUAGUUGUUAGUCCUGUAAAUCUGUUGAUAGAUUAAGCUUAUUUCAUUGGUUUUUGGGGGGGAGGGGUUAAAUGGUUUAAAAAUAAAUAUUUAAGUUCUGUAAACUUUCAUGAAACUGCUUUGUUGUGCAUUUUAUUUUGGAUUUAAGUAAUGUGCAUAAAUAUUGACCUACCUUUUUCUAGCUUAGUUUGCUACUUAAACAAAACUUCUCCUUCUGCGGGGACGCACGUAUAGCUUGGGGAAGUGUUUCCCCUCUGCUGUCCUUGUCCAAAGGACGCCUGCCGGCCUUAUCCAGCGUGGAACACAAGCUAUGUGGAGCAGCUCCAGGGUUCGGUUGAUCUCCUGCCGAAAGAGCAGUCUCUUAGUCCUCCAGCAUGCAGUCAUACAGCACCGGUGACAAUUGUAGCCAUGUCAGUGUGUCCCAGCAGUGUUGUGAACUCCUAGUUCAGAUUCACGAUAGAGAAAGCACCGUGCCACAGUCGACUCUUACCUUGUGCAAUCUCAUCGCCAAAAGCCUCGCUUCAAACGCCGACAGGUUUCUUUCUCAGAAUUAAAAUCCUUGUGUCUUGAAUUCCAUGUCACUUCCUCUCAACGAAGUGCUUUUUUUACGGGGCCAAUGGAAAAACGACACAAACGACUUGAAUUUUGUAACUGGGGGCUACAUCUUCUUGAAGCACGGGGCUUUAAUCUAUGCAACUGCGAGCGAAUCCUUUGGGUGGCCAGAGCAGGGAGCGCACAGUUGGGGAAACAGAAAUCUAUUCCUGCCUCAGCCUGCCCCGUAUUUGCUGUGUGACCUGAACCAAGUCACUUGAACUCCUGUGCCUCCUUUUUCCUUGGGAAAUGGGUAUGAUGCUUACCUACCUCACGGGGAUGUUGUGGGGCUAGAUGUAUUCUUGUUUAUAAAAACCUUGUUACUAUCUAGUGCUGUCCUAAAGAACACAGCUGUACUGUAUUGCAGGUGGGAUUUGCUCUGCUGAAGCACUAUGCGUCAUAUAAGAAUCUAUUUUACUUCUUACUAUGAAUGGAUACCCUCAUUACAGUUUUGUGAAUCAUUGUUCCCCCCCCGCCAUGCAUUAGGUAUUGACAAACCAUAAUUUAAUCAGCAGUAUUAAGUAGCUGACUGAAGAAUAUAUCACAGCAUUCAUGCAGGGACCAUCUUCUAGCUUCUCCCCCAGCUGUGCGUUGAGGAAAAUUGACAUUUUUAGUCAUUUAGGAAAAUAAUACGAAAUGCGGGUUAGAAACAUGUGUGUUUGUUCCUGGGUAUCAGACUCCUCUGUCAUUGUAAUCGCUGUUCCUGAAACCUCUUAAUUCUGCUUGUCUCUGAUUUUUUUCCUCCAACAAGGUUCUGUACAGUGUACACGUACUAAGAGUAAAAAACUGUUCUUACGUUCAAGUGAAUGCUUAGUGACUAGAAAGUACAUAGAUUCUUGAUGUGUUUGCACAAAGUUUAGCCAUUGUUAAAGGCCUGGCUUUAUCACGCUGUUACAUGAUUUAACACUGGAAUAAAAUUGUUUUCCUCUUUGCAAAACUA